GCUAGUAAGUGAGCUCAAGAUGUUGUUCAUGUCGCAUCCCAUUAUCAAGGAGAAGACAAAACUUCCUGCAGUAGAAAGAGACAGACUAAAAAAUCUGAUGGCUCAAAGUAUCAAGUGGCAGCAUUUCCAAUGUGCAAAUUCUGUUCCAGAUAUAACUAUGGGAAGUCUUUUGGAGGAUCAUCGUUGCCCUUCACAUGCCGUGCGUGGCUUUGCUGUCUCGACGAGCGGUCAGAACUUUGCUGGCUCGACGAGCGGUCAGAACUUUGCUGGCUCGACGAGCGGUCAGAACAUUGCUGGCUCGACGAGCGGUCAGAAUACUAAGAACCCGACCAGCAGUCAGAGGACUCAUAACCGUGAGUGAUUGUUAUGGAUAUCAGCCAAGUAGCCUAGCCAUUUGGUUGAUUAUUGAUUGUUUGACUUUGUUUUUGUGUCUGUACCGUACUUCUUGGUUUUUUCUUUACCUUUUCUGAACUCUUUGAAAAUUGAACAUCGUUGAUGUGAACUUAUGCCUGCCCCCGACUGGCUACUGCUAGUUC